AAAGAGGAGGACCACCUGCUGCUCUGCCCCAAUGUGAGGGUGCCCUGCCUCAACGCUGAGUACGGCUGCCCGGUCCAGCUGCCCCGCUCCUCACAGGCUGCUCACCUCCAGGUGUGUCCGGCCAGCGUGGUGUGCUGCUCCAUGGAGUGGCUCCGCUGGCCCAUUGAUGACACAAACCCUCACGAAUAUAUUGCCCUGCAGGACAACGUUCUGAAGGAAAGUGAAGCUAAGAAGGAGGCUUUAGAUGUUGCCAUGGCUCUUGCUGAUCAGUCAGAUCUUUACAAACGACUCAAAAUGAAGCUGGUCUAUCCAGAACUGAUGGAGGAGGAAGAGGAAAUAAAAGAGGAAAUGAAGGACGAAGCAGCAGUUGGAGGACUUGCAAAUGCUGUUCAGGACAGAAAUCCAACUGAAGGCCUCCCUGAAACGAGUGUGAGUGAAAAUGUUACUGCAGAAGAAACUGCAGCAAUCUGCAGAGGGCAUGGUUCCGUCAUCAACAAAGAGAAGUUCGAUCUGUUUGAGAUGAUGUUCAACAUGGACAAAAGCGCCUGCACGGUCGCUCAGGAAAACUUGGAAAAUUCAAAGCAAAAGGCUGGAGAGAAGGAACAAACCCAGAGCGGGGGAGCUUCAAAGGAUGGUGCGAGGCAGGACAAAACGUGUGAAGACCAGAAAGGUACGAAGACCGACGGUUCUGAUGCACCAAAUAACAGCUCUCCGCCUGACACGAGUAAGACCGGGCUGGCUCCAUGGCAGGAGGGGGUUCUGGAGCGUCUGGGCCAGGAGCUCACCCCACAGGAGUACAACAUGUACAUGGUGCACCACGGACGCAUGCUGCUCGCCUUCGGACAAAUCGAGGCCUGCACACCGAGAGAGCGAGACUUUGUUUAUGGCAGCCUGGAGCCCAUUCCGGUACAGACGCUGCGCUCUUUCAAGGUUCCUGAGAGUUAUCGCUACAAGCGUCGCAUUCAUCUGUACGACACAGCCGCACGAGUGCAGAGCGAAAGCCGAGGCGUCGACACGUCAGACCUCGGUGGCAGUGAGGAUGACUGGUUCACUGAUGAAGCAGCAACAACCCUGCUGGGCUACGCUGAGAUGGCAGUCAUGGGUCACAGGAUCAGUGAGUCGAAGGGUGCAGAUGGGCUCUAUGUGGACCAGGGAACUCAGACACACUUUUUCCUCUCAGCUCCAUUUGAAGGAAAGACGACCCUGGCAGAUGUGAUGGUGGACAAACCGCUGAAGCUUCAUCUGCAGCUUCAAGCAGAGAGUGUGAACAGCAGAAAUAACCGAUCGAGCUGUGUGUUCACCUUCCUCUGUGGUCACACCUUCCAUCGCAGGGAGUUCGCCACGCACUUCAGGAAUGUGCAUAAUGACAUCCAGACAAGUCUCAGCGGAUGGUUUGAACAGAGAUGUCCCCUGGCAUAUCUGGGCUGCACCUACAGCCAGACAAGGUUUCAUCCCUCCACACAUAAAGCUACCAUCUCCUACAAUCAGCAACUGAGGAGUUUCAACUUGCGUCCACUUGCUGUCUGCAGUCUUGAUGGCAGCUCACCUAACUGUUCUGUGGACUCCUCCAAGGAUCAGAAGAAGAGUGGAAGUGGAGCUGAAGGAGAGGACUCUCUCAGCUUGCUGCCCUAUGAGGUGCUAGUCCACAUGGCCAGCUUCCUGGACAGUCUGUCCCUGUCCCAGCUGUCCCUGGUGUCCCGACUCAUGAGGCAGGUGUGCUCCUCUCUGCUGAACGACAGAGGGAUGGUCACCCUCCGCUGGGAGAAGAAAAGCGACUCUCGUGGAGGAUCCAAAUGGAGGGCAAAGCCUGUGUGGGAGUUCAGUCAUUUGUUCUCAGCAGUGGAUUUGUGGCACAUGGCCGACACACCACCCAUUUCUGCUCAUCUAAAAGUCUGUCCGUACUACCAGACCUCUGCAUGGAGCGAGCCAGUUCCCCUCCUCAGCAUGUCUGAGAAGGAGAGGAAUCAGAGAAAUCUAAGCCUUGUCAGUCAUUUUACAGGAAACGGAUAA